AUGGAUAAAAGCCUUGAUAAGCCCCAAAAUGAGAAAACUGGUGUCAAGUUUGAUAUUCUGUCAACAGCGCGGACAUAUAUCAAACUAAUUAGCUGUUGGGUUGCUAUAUGGGGACUCGGCUACUACAAGUUCAGUCCCAGUUGGGUGGCCUUUGGGGCUAUCGGCUAUAUGGCCUAUUCACGUGCAUAUGAAAAGCGGAACCUUGUGAGUUCUGUUAUGAGGACCAUAACUGAAGAUGAAAAGGCAUCAGUCAUCAAGAAUAUUGGUUCCCAUGAGUUACCUGCCUGGGUUUACUUUCCGGAUAUUGAGCGCGCUGAGUGGCUUAACAAAGUUGUUCAACGGAUGUGGCCAUACAUAAGUGAAUAUGUCAAUAAAGUUUUAGUUGUGACCGUGCAACCGGCUGUGAAUGCUAACCUCCCCUCUUCCCUACAGCCCUUUUUAUUUCUGCGCACUGAUCUUGGGGACGCGCCCCCUCGUAUUGGUGGUAUAAAAGUUUAUGUAGAGGAAAGUAUUCAGCGGGAUGAGGUCGUUAUGGACGUCGACUUGAUGUUAUAUAGCGACGCUAGAAUCAAGGUUUCCGUGGGCAAGAUCGUUGCUGGUGUUAAGGAUUUUGAGCUUCGUGGGACGCUUCGAAUUUCGCUAAAACCACUUGUUUCACAAAUUCCCUUCGUUGGGGCAGUAACUGUGUGUUUCCUCGAUAAUCCGGAUACUGUUAGUUCGCUUUGCGUUCUUCCGAAUCGGAUUUCGGUUCCUCUCGUAAACAAUGUCAUUCUGGAGCAAAUUAGAUUCCCUUCAGCCCAGGGAGCUAUUCGCGUUGAGGUCAUCUCUGCUAGCGACCUUGUAUCUGCCGAUGUAAAUCUUGUUGGGCAAUCGUCUUCUGAUCCCUACUGCGUUGUUCGAGUCAGUACUGUACUGUGCCUUAACUUCAUGGGAGCGGCAGAACCUGUGACACUGAAAAGUGAUUGUAUAGUUAAGAUGCUUCAAUGCUUUCUGCAGCCACUCCUGAUAAUGAUGGCUACAAUUUUUGUUUCAGUCGGAGCAGAAAAGUUUGUCACAAAAGUAAUAAGUCGGACGCUUAGUCCAACGUGGAAUGAAUGCUUCGAGGCAAUUGUUGAUCAAAGAAUGGGUCAGUCGGUGAUCAUUGAGGUUUGGGACAAAGAUGCUAGUAGUAAAGACGACGAAUUGGGCCUAACAACGAUUCCGAUUGAGGAGGUUUACUUACGCGGACAAAUAAAUUCGGUGAAGAUGCUGGAGGGUGUCAAAAAAGGCAAGGUUCAUAUGAAAGUAACAUGGCUGGAUCUGUCACCCAACGCGUCGGAUUUUGUCGCGGUUGAACAAGCUCGGCGGGCUUCCUCCGCAGAGAAGGCCAUUUUUAACAGCUACCUCUUCGUUCGUGUCGAGCAAGGCAGAAAUCUCAUGCGUUUAAGGUUCUUGCAGGAGCCGUCACCCUAUUGUGUUCUGCAAAUUGGCAACGUAGUACAGAAUACGGUGGUGCGUGAGAAAACCCAAAAUCCCAUUUGGGAGUCCCCUCACCACUUUCUCUUCUCCAAUCCGGAUAUCCAAACCCUCAACAUCGAGAUUCGUGACAGCAAAUUGGAGGUUGUUUUGGGCACCCUAGCAAUCCCAUUAAAACACCUGAAGGCUGAGAAGAAUAUGACAGUGACGCAGCCCUAUGUUCUUCAGGCAGCAGGUCCGGACAAUGCCACCCUCUACCUUCAUCUCGAACUGCGGGCGCUAGUGCCGGGCCCAGACAGGCGGCCGCAUCAAGAUCGCGAGCCUAUGGACUCCAGGGGCUCCGAAGAGGCCUCAGCACCCUCCUCCCCACUCGCCACAGCCUUUGGGAAUUCCCGAGAGUCCUUGGCGAAACCCUCGCCCGACCGCCAUUCUCCGCCCUCACCCCAGACUGAAAACGUCGUUCGUCAUCGCAAUGGUGGUUCAAAAAGCAGCGGGGAGGAAGAUCACGUUUUGGUGGCUCCGCCCAACCCGGCUGGUCGGGUAAGGCUAACGAUGCGCUAUGAUGCGGAUAUGGAGAUUCUCGAAGUUACUGUGGACCGCGCCGAGAAUAUCUUGGGUGUGGACAAGGAUGGCUUGUCAGAUCCUUACGUGAAGUUGAGCGUCAUCGAUAGCUCCGGACACACUGUUGGCGAAUCGAAAAAAACCAGAGCCGUGAAGAACGAUCUAAAUCCAAUUUUCGAGCAGAGCUUUGAGUUCUCAGUGAAGUCGGAGGUCAUGGAGACCUGCAAGCUCUGGGUGGAUGUGAAGAACCAUGUUGGUCCUCUGCAACGCAACACCCACAUACGCAACCUGGGCUCUGUCUUAGUGAGUCUACGGGAACUAAAAUGUGACAACGGAUUCACCGAGUGGUACUGGCUGCAUAGAUCCCUGGACUAA